UGCCAGCACUGAGCUCAUAACUUCUUUUGUCAAUAUAAAUUAUAGUUUGUAUCUGUCAAAACAUUAUUUAAAAAAAAAGGCAACAUUGUUUUUUUUCUGAUUACAUCACCACCUUUAUGAAUGGCACAGUGCUUGGCGGUAGGCUACAAGAACGAGGGCGGGUCCUGUCUACACGUGGGUAGCAAGUAGAGCUGAUAGGACCAUGCGGUCCAACACUAGGCACUCACAAUUGAUUGGCUAGUGAGGACAGUGGGAGGAUUUAACAGUCAUCAAAUAGAGACGCUUUUACGCAUUGAACAGUUCAAUGUGUAGGUUUGAGUCUGAGGAAGACAGGGUAGCCAAGAAGAGGCACUAUAGGGCAGUCUAUUGUGAUUAUCUAUCUUCAGUUAUCACUCAGUUACAUAUUUGGAACACACAGUUCAACUCAUAGGCUACUGUACUUGGCUCCAUUGAUCAAUAAAGACAAAGAACAUCUAAUUAUUUAUAUUUCGUCUUCUGGAAAACGGCAGAAGAGUAUCGGAGUUGUGUGGGUCAGUUCCAAAUAACCUACAUUUAGACAAGCGGAUACCAGCUACUCUUUGAUACUCCGACCCAAAUAACGUGCCAAAUAAAGCGCGGCCCAGCGAAUGGACCAUCAUCAACCCGGCACACGUAGCUUUAUUCCCCGUGCGGCUCUAGUCUGCGCGUCGGUACCUACUGAAUCAUUCAUGCGCUUGUCCAUCAGCUCGACCACAGGCAGUCGCUUCGAGCUCUCUGUCCAUCGGGGAGAGACGGUGGAGGUGCUGAGGAGACGACUUUCCCAAAAGCUCAGAGUACCGAAAGAAAGAUUCGUCUUGCUGCAUAAGGAAACGCGGUUGAGUACAGGGAAACUACAUGACCUGGGCAUAGUUGAUGGGAGUAAGCUGACACUGGUCCCAACUAUUGAGGCAGGCUUGUUAUCAUCCCAACCAUCCAGAAGAGAGCAGACCAUCAUGCAGGCUUUGGAGAGUUUAACUGAAACUCAGGUCAGUGACUUCCUGUCUGGCCGUUCACCCCUGACCCUUGCCCUCAGGGUCGGUGAUCACAUGAUGUUCGUCCAGCUCCAACUGGCCCCCCAGAGUGCCGCUGGGCAGCAGCAGAGUCACCUCAUCACCCAGCGAGCAGGCAGAGCUGGGGUUGAACAGGUGCAUGCUGCGAAGUGUGGGUCCACUAGGUUCCCUUACCCCUGCCCAGCCCAGCUCUCCUCCAACACCCCAGCCUCCCCUGCCCCUGUCUCCCCUCAUACCCCCUCCUCAACCUCUCACGUCACCUACCUCUCUCCCUCACCUAGUGCCCCCCACCGCUCCACCAACCCCACCUGCUCCAGCCCUGCACCCCAGAGCCCAACCCCUGCCACCACCUACCCAGAGGGUGACUGCAGUGUGGCUGGUACUCCCACCUCUAAUAAAACAGCUGCCGGGGAACCAGGUGCUGUCAUAGAGAGCUUUGUGAGCCAUGCCCCAGGAGUCUUCUCCGGGACCUUCUCAGGCACUCUGCCCCCAGCUGGGCAGGACAGCACCAGUACCGGUGUCAAGUCAUCCAGACGAGGCAUCAACACCAUCUUCCAGAUCCUCAACGACCUUCUCAGUGCCACUCGCCACUACCAAGGGGCUCCACUGUCCCUCUCCCAGCUCCUCUGCCGCCCUCCCAGCACCCCAACCAGCAGCACUCCGAGUACCCCAACCUCGCCCUUCCCGCCGCCCUCACCUCUCACCCCUGACCUUGUCAGCACUGCUACCUCAGGACCACUUACAGACCACAUCAGCCAGGAACAAAGUCACUCAUGUAAACCUACUGGCCUGUGUUCCAGUCAAUCUGAGGAAGAGAACCAGUCAUUGCGUUGUAAACUGGAGCGCCUUCAGAUGUUGAUGCACCAGAGACGCCUGCGCAGGCGGGCUCGCAGGGACACACGCACCUCACACCCCUACCCUCCUCACCGUCAACCCUGGUCGCCCGGACGAGACAAAGCCAGCCGCCAUAGCAACGGCAGCCUGUCCAGCAGCGAGGGCUCUUCCCUGGACGACCUGGAGUUGCAAUGGAAACCGGAGCUACCCUCCGACCUUGUGAUGGCAUAGAGAGAGAUUAAAAUAAGUUUGGACCUAUGUCAUUGGCUGUCCUUUGAAUGGCUGAGUAGGAGAAAUAAACUGCCCAUUUUGGGACUCACUUGA